UAGUACUGUAUACGACACCGCGGGUACCGGUCGUGUCUGUGAUCUUACGACAUUUAACAUUAGAUCGUAAAUCGUUUAAUUCGUUUCAUAUAGUUUUUGUGUGUUUUAUGUUGGAUUGUUUAUACUUUAUUAUUUGUGAAUUUUCUACGUAAAUAAGGACAAUGGCUAUCCAAGGCAUAUCUCUAGAAGACGAGUACAAGAAGAACACCGGCACCACGCCUUCUGAUAUCAAGAAGUUAAGAGACUGGCUCGGCACACAGCCCCAUUUGCCUGCAGAAUAUAUCACAGACUUGGACCUGAUCCUGACAUUCCACAGCUGCGACCGCAGCGCGGAGGUGUCGAAGCAAGUGCUGGACCUCCACUACACGCUGCGGACGCUCUUCACCAACUUCUUCAAGGACAGGGUUAUGGAUGCGAAGGUCGAACAGAAUCUUCAGAACGUGUUACUCGAGCCACUACCCACUCGGUCCAGGACCGGAGCCGCCGUAUUCUACUGUCGGCUGCUGGACUAUGAACCAAAGAACUUCGAGUUUGCCAAGUCACUCAAGUCAGUUCUCAUGAUCCUGGAUCUCUGGCAAUUCGAAGAGGGCACGUGGCCUGGCUUCGUGCUGAUCUUCGACCUGGAGGGGCUCCGGCUAGGCCAUCUAGCCAGGCUUGAUGUGCAGACUCUUCAGCAGUUCCUCUAUUAUUUACAGGAAGCCAUGUUAGUAAAAAUCGAAGGCCUACAUUUCCUCAACGCGCCAUCUUUCAUGGACCGGCUCAUGAUGAUGAUCAGGCCGUUCCUCAAGAAAGAGAUGAUGGAUGUCCUCGUCAUCCACCAGAUCGGAGCCAAGACCUUGGACAAGUUUGUGCCGAUGGAGGGCCUGCCCAAAGAAGCCGGCGGGAAUUAUAAGACUUAUGAUGAAUGCAAAAAUGCAAUGUUAGCCAGACUACGUGCAAACAAGGAAUUCUUCGUGAAAGAGAACAAGAAGCGAGUGACCGAAGCCAAGCGGCCAGGCAAGCCGAAAACCAUCUCAGAUAUAUUCGGCAGCGUCGAGGGGUCUUUCAAAAAACUCGAUAUCGAUUAAAAAUAAAAAUGGAGAUGGGAACGUGUUAUUAAAAUGUUUUAAAUUAGCGCCAUCUGUUGAGCAUUUUUAUAAUAACAGGGAUAAUAGGGGCUCGAUAUUGUUUUUUAAAGAAUUUACAGUGGCCAUUUCGUUAUUAUUAAAUGAAUUUGUUUUAAUUA